AUGGCGGCGUCCAGCGGGAGGAGCGGCCGGAGGCUGUGGGCCGCCCUGGUGCCCGCCGCCCUGCUGUGCCUGGCGGCCCGGGCCGCCGAGGAAACGCGGACGGCCGGGUUCGACGUGCGGGCCGGGGGUCUUCUUCUCUUCUUCCAGGGGGAUUACACCUGCACUUUCACAUACUCAGCUCAGGGAGGAACGAACGAGCAAUGGCAGAUGAACAUUGGAGUCAGUGAAGACAACCUGCUCUUCUCCUGCUCUGUCUGGAGGCCCCAAGGGAAGUCUUAUCUCUUCUUUACCCAGUUUAAAGCUGAAGUGACGGGAGCCAAGAUAGAGUAUGCCAUGGCUUAUUCUCAAGCUGCAGCGGGUGGACAAAGCGACGUCCCCUUAAAACAGGAAGAAUUUGAAAUCACCGAAACAACAGUGUCUCACAGGGAAGGCAAGUUCCGUUUUGAACUGUCCAAACUCAUGAUUGUAGCAAAAACACCCCGUGACGAGCUGUGACCCUAAGGCCGGUGUCGGGCAGGGCGUUUUGGCCAGAAGAGCAUGGCAGAUAAAGAGGAUUACUUGUUAACGGCGGGGUUUUUUUGGUUGGCCAAACCUUUUUAUGUUUUCCAUAUUGAAAUGUGCUAGGGUCCAACACAAGUGGGACUUGGAGGUGUUAAGACAGAUGCAUUCUGUCUUGUGUCAGAGUAACAAUGUGCUUUGCAGCUGGAAACCUCCUCUGAGACUCCUGAUCUGCAGCCAGCCAUUCUGUCGCCCACUUUCUGCUUGGUUGAUCUGCUGAAUAUGGCAAAGCUCCCCUCGAACCGGGGCUCCUUAUCUCCCUUGCUAGGGAGAGCAAUGCAGAAAGAUAAGUGGCUGGAUUUAAACAGGGUUUGCUAAAAGAAAGUUGUUAACUCCGUAGUCUCUGGAGGGG